AUGGAGCUAUCACUUGCUGCUUUCCUUCUUGUCACUCUAUUUCUUUUGCCAUUUGUAUUGGUCCACAAAAUCAGCUAUGGAAGAAACUCUCGGUUACUUCCUCCUGGAAGCUCAGGCUGGCCUUUUCUAGGGGAAACUUUAGAUUAUUACUUCAAGAUUCAAUCUGGUGGUCUUGGACAGUUUAUCACAUCUCGGAAGACUAAGUAUUCCUCUAAAAUUUUUAGGACAUCAUUGAUGGGACAGCCAAUGGCAGUAUUCUGCGAUGCGGAAGGGAAUAAAUUUCUGUUCUCCAAUGAGAAUAAGUACUUCAAGCACUGGUGGCCUAGCACAGUCGACAAACUGUUCCCCAAGUCGAACAAAAAGCCUAACACCGAGCACACGAAAUUGUUGCGCAAGCUCCUGACUUUCGUGCUUAAGAGAGACGUGCUGAGGGAAUACAUCAGUACUAUGGAUGCAGUGAUGAAACAGCAUUUGCAUACAUAUUUCAACUGCCAGGAAUUGAAGAUUGAUGAUGUUGCAAAGAGGUAUGUAUUUAAAUUAGCAUGUACAUCAUUUUUAGGCCUCCAUGAUCAGUGGAAAAUUGAAGACCUUGAAAAAGGAAUUCAGGAUAUAGGCAUGGGUCUUAGUUCGAUGCCCUUAGAUUUUCCGGGAACCGCACUACACCACGCCAUCAGAACAUCGAAUCUGAUGCGCGCACAGUUUGAGAAAAUGGUUAGGCAAAGGAAACAGGAACUCUCAGAUCACUGCUCAUUCUCAGGCAAGGACUUCAUCUCACACAUGCUCCAAACUGUGGAUGAAGAUGGUCAGUUUAUCACAGAAGCAGACAUGGCCUGUCUUUUAGUUGGUUUACUACAAGGUUCCUAUACUAAUGUUCACAGUACAAUUACCAACACAAUGAUGUAUCUUUCGGAGAAUCCUGAAAUUUAUGACUCGGUACUAAGAGAACAAAAGCAGAUUGCAGAUCAAAAGGAUCCAAAUGACUGCCUCAAUGCAGAGGAUUUGGGAAAGAUGAAGUAUUCAUGGAAUGUGGUGUGCGAAGUGUUGAGACUAAAACCACCAGUACAUGGGUCAUUUAAAGAAGCCAAAACAGAUUUCAACUACUCCGGGUAUACUGUACCAAAAGGUUGGAAGAUUCACUGGAUCGCACAUGCCACACACAUGAAUCCAGAGUAUUUUCCGAAUCCUGAGAAGUUUGAUCCAUCGCGGUUCCAAGGGGAAGGUCCAGCUUCUUAUACAUUUAUGCCAUUCGGCGCUGGAGCCCAUAUGUGCCCAGGAAAUGAGUAUGCGCGACUAGCAAUACUCGUGUUUCUACACAACGUGGCGACUAGAUUUAGGUGGGAAAAGACAAUUCGUGAUGAAAAAGUCUUACACUAUCCAUUUCCCAGACCAGCUUGUGGACUUCCUGUUAAACUCUAUCCUCAUGAUCCUUAA